AGCAGGAAACCUGGCCCCAGUUGUAAUUCAAUCACCUCCAAGCACGAAAAGCUAUAGGCUCCGCGGCGCUGUAUGGAAAAGCAAAUCCGCAUCCGCAUCCCUCGAAGAUUAGAACGUGCACAGAAAAAGAGAGAGAACUGAACGCCGCUGGACCAAUUCACCGCGCACGACCCGACCUUAUACCUGCAUGCUAUAGCCCAGGACAUAACGACAAAAUGGGGAAAAUUCGGGUGGGAAUAGUCGGCCUAUCCAGCAAGCCGGGGGCCUGGGCGGCCCUGGCUCAUCUGCCACGGCUCGCCUCGUCCCCGAAUUUCGAGAUUGUGGCCAUGUGCAAUUCGACGCUCGAGUCCACCAAGGCAGCCAUCAAGGCGCACAAUCUCCCCGAGACGGUCCAGGCGUAUGACUCCUACGACGGCAUCGCCGCGGACCCCAAUGUCGACCUCUUCGUCGUGUCGACACGGGUCGACAGCCACUACGACGUGGUGGUGCCGGCCCUGAAGGCCAAACGGAACGUCUUUGUUGAAUGGCCCUUGGCUACCACCACGGAAGAGGCGAGGAAGAUCGCCGCCCUGGCCAACGAGAACGGCGUUCGAACUAUGAUUGGAUUCCAGGCUCGGGCGUCGCCGUCAAUCAGGAAGAUCAAAGAGCUGGUCGACUCCGGCGCCUUGGGGGAGAUCCACAGCGUCCAUUACCACGGGGUCAUCAACAACUGGCAAGACAACGCCGCUGACGAACGAUACUCUCAUUUCCUGCAACGGAAGGUCGGCGCCAAUCCGCUGACCAUUUACGGCGGCCACGCACUUGACUCCAUCCUCUUCGCCGUGGGGGAGCUCAAACCCGGCAGCUACAAACCCCUGGCCGUCAACCUCCGACCGAAGAUGCCCAUCAAAAGGGCGGAUGGGACGUUGUCACCGGAACUCUACGAAAAGGACACGCCGGAUCAAAUCCUGCUGCAGGGCCAAUUCGCCCGCGAGCCGCCGGCGGUGCUGAGCUUCCACCUGCGCAGCGGAGCCAGAUUUCUCGACGCCCCCGGCUCGACCUGGGAGAUCUACGGCACGAGGGCCGUCUUGUUGGUGGAUUUCGCCAGCGCGGGACCCCAGAUGGCCAAGGCGCUCAGCGUUCGACUGUACAACCUGGAGACCAAGACGGUGGAGGAUAUUGCCGUCGACGAAGGAGGGGACGAGUGGACGCGGCUGCCGAACCAAGGGCAGAACAUCGGUCGGCUCUACGAGGCGUAUGCCUCGGGGGAAGGAUACGGCGAUUUCGACCUGGCGGUGAAGCGGCACGAGCUGCUGGAUGAAUUCUGGGCGUCCAUGGCGACUAAUUCGUGA